UUCGAUAAGAAUAUGGUUUUCCCAAACAACACGUAAUAGCUAAUUUUAUCUAGUCUAUAUUAACAUAAAGCAGCAUCAAGAUUUCAAUCUCAUUUUUUCUUAAAUCUUGACCAUUUCGCGUCAGAUAGAAUAUGGAUGCUGGAAGUACAGAUAGUGGUGUUCAAAACACCGACAGUAUGAGCACCAGAGCAGAAUCCAGCGUGUCAACUCUUGUAGAGCCACGCCCUGGCCAGGGGCGUCCGUCGCUGGACAGUGGUGUCAGAUCAGGUCACAGCACUACUCGGGGUCACAGUGCCCUGCCCGGACUUGCGAGCGCUGCUAUGGGCGGGGCAGAGAGAACCAAAGAGUGGAUCCGAACAAGCAAUUUUGAGGUUCAAGUUCAGGAUUUGGAAGGAAAUAAGUUUACCGUAGAAACCAAUUCAGAAGAAAAAGUAGAAGUAUUUCGUAAAAAGGUGGCACAGAGAACGGGUACUGCAGUCAACAACAUCACGACGAAAGAAGGGAAAACUCUGGAGAAUGGUACCAAGAUGGGGUACAACGGAAUCAAACGUGGUCAGCUGCUGUAUUGCAGUCACCUUAGUGUAGGUGGGUAACAUGGACCUCAGUAGGAAGUUACCCACGUGUGAACGAUGAUGCUUGAUUUUAUAAAUAAAAUUUUCCACACCA